AUGCAUGUCAGCUGUUUCCAGAAUAUUGUCCUGUUGGGCCUUUUCCUCUAUCAUUCCCAGCCGUCUCCGGCCCAGGAGACCCCGCCGUCGCUGUGCGCCACUGGAGUCCACGCGAUUCUAAUGCGAGGCCAAGGCCCCGGCGAUCAUCUAAAUGUUAUGGUGUCUGUCCAGAAUCUGGUACUACAGAUGAUUCCAGGUUCGAGUUGCGUUGCACUGCCCUAUAAUCAUGGCACCGAUGACCACCGCGCCGCUGCCUCCAAUGGCUCCUAUAUGAUGCAAGAUUACAUCCGCUCUUAUGCCGCUAGCUGUCCAGAUUCGAAGAUAUUUGUUCAUGGGUACUCAUUGGGUGGGGUUGCGAUGAUGGACGGGCUAUGCGGCACGAGCUCGCAAUGGCUUUACGAUGUUCCCGCUCUAGAGCCUUAUUACAACAAAAAUGUGGUUGCCGCUGUAUCAUACGGCGAGGAGACCUUUGUCCCAGGAUUAGCAUACGACGUUGGAAGUUGCAUUGAUGGCACAGGGAUGUAUCCACGAAUUCACCCGGAAUGGUGCGAUCCAUUUGCCGCUUCGAUCCGGAGCUACUGCGAUGAGGGCGAUAUGGAAUGCUGUCUUCGGUUUCCUCCGCCGACGAAUCCCGCACACUGGCUUUAUAUCUUCCGAUACAAUAUGGACGUAAUUCAAUUUGUGCAGAAGCGCUUGAACGCGACUCGGUCAUAA